ACAUUUUGGGAUUAAGAAAUCUCAGAAAAUUAUUUUUGUAAAGAAGAAAGAGUGCCUAGAAUUCACUUCAGAGUGAAUUUCGUUUGUAUAAUUGUGCCGUUGAACUGAAAGGUGUAUUCAACAGAAAAUGCCAAAGCCUGUGCGAGGUUUUAAGAAAGGAAUGGAAGACAACAAGAAAAAAGCUAUUGUGAGAGAAUAUUGGAAAAUGCAGAAGGGACCAAAGUCAAGGAAUCCAAAUUAUUCUAGGAUUGCUAUUCCUUAUAGAGAUUUUCAAAAUAAAAUGACUCCUUUGAAAAAAGCACAACAAGAGUAUGAAGCAAGGAAAGCAAAAAGGGAGCAAUUAAAAGAGUUUCAGAAACAAAAACGGCAGGAAAAGGAAGAAGCCAUAAAGAAAUAUCUGAAAAAGAAACAAGAUAACUUUAAGAAAAUUUCAAAGAAGACAAAAUAUGGUCAACCAGUGAUGAGUGGACGGAUUGAAGUACUGUUAGAAAAAAUACAGUCAUCAAUAUCGUCUGAGCAGAAAUAAAUAAAAACAGUUGUGUAUUUCAAGCAUUUGCUCUGUAUUUAUUAUUGUAUAUAAACUAUAUUUUUAUGCAUCA